CCAAGCAGAGCAAGUGGAGCAAGGCAGGUCACAGAAUUUGCCAGCUUCUUUUCAACAAACCAAGGACAUUCAGGACCAGAUAACAAGAAUUGAAAAAGCCAAAAGAAUGGACAACCACACUUACAACUACCCGUCCGACUGCACCCCUCUCACCAACUGCAAGUCGGCCCGCAAGCCGGCGGGUUCCACCGUGGUGAAUAUGGGCACCGCAGGCAAGAAGCCACCCAGUGACUACCUAGUCUGGUCCCUGUGCAACACCCUGUAUGUCAACUUCUGCUGUCUGGGAUUCAUGGCUCUCAUCUACUCCAUUAAAGCCAGGGACCAGAAGACCCAGGGGAACUUGCAGCUGGCCCAGGAGUGCUCGGACAAGGCCAAGUGGUACAACAUCCUGGCGGCAGGCUGGAACCUGUUGGUGCCCCUGUUGGUGGUGGUGCUGCUGGUACUGCUGCUGGUACACCUGGGCACCUCACAGGGCUCCUUCGACUUCUUCGGAGAGGACGGCUUCCAGAGCUUCAUGAAACUCUUCAGCAGCACACAUUGAAGGCUGGUUAGUGGACAGAAGAUAUCGAAGAACAGAAUGAUAGGAGAUAGGAUAUAAUUAAAGGAGAAGACGGUGGAUGGAGACUGGUGGAUGCUUCCCUAAAAGCCACCCGACAUCGGACUAAUGGCCUCUUUUCAUCAUGGGUCACUUUUUUUCCUUUAUAAUUAUUAUUAAGACAUGAAUUAAUUAUUGUUCUAAUGUACUGUAAUAUUAUUAUUGCUGUUAUUUUUUAUUGGUAGCUGUAUUGUUAGCUAAAGGUUAGUAUCAUUGUCACUGCAUUGGAUCUUGACCAUUUCUAGACCCCUUUGUGAAAAACAAAUGUGAGAAAGUAAAAUAAAACAUUUAACAACCACAGAAGGUUUGUA